AGCGUCGUUGUUGCCAUAGCGCGAACUGACUCAGAGCGGUGGCAUAAAAAGCGCAAAUCCACACUCUCCGAUCCAGAUGAAACUCAUCGGCAAUUUGCCCAGGCUUCCCGCAGACAAAAAAAGGUAACUUCAAGCGCUCCCUAUGACUUGCUUUACCGUGGCAGAGCGGCCGUCCUUCCAGCAAAAGUGAAAGCCGUGGGAGACUCGCAGUGACGGACAACACCUGCGAGCUGGUUUAAAUGGAGAGAGACGGACCGAGCAUUCUGUGCUGUGCGCUCCCUUAAAAAGGGGGCUGCUGCUCGAACAAGCGAGCCUUGUUGAUUGCCGUGAUAAUCUGAUUUUCGGAGAUGUGAACGCCACAAGGAUUAUAGGGUUACUGGGUAAAUACAGAAACGUGUCACAAUGCAGUCCGUGCACUCCCGUCUGCGCCUUUUGUUCGAGAGGGACCAGGUUGGCCGCGUUCACGGAGGGAGAUCUCAGUAGCGAUUCUAACCACCUGGCAGUGCUGUCUCCGGGGCCGAAUCGCUUCCUCCUUUCAUGCUGCUAUGACUUCCUGGCUGCGUAAAUACACUAACUUCAUUCUGCAUCGCAAGCUGCUCAUCGCUCUGCUCAUUGUUUCUAUCAGCAUCUCUCAAACGGUGGCGGACAACACUUGUGCAUCGCCCCUCAUCUCAACAUGUGAAGAGUGCCUGCGCGGAGGUCCAGACUGUGGCUGGUGUAUUCAAGAGGACUUCCUGGAUGGAGCGCACGUGAGCCAGCGGUGUGACUCAGCCUCCAGCUUGCUUCGGAAGGGCUGCAAAGAAGAGUUCAUCGAGAGUCAUCGGGUCAAGGUGGAGGUGGACGCUACUCUCACCAGCACUCAGGUGACCCCCAGACGCAUCAGCGCUCAGCUACGGCCAGGCAGUGAGGCCAGUUUUGUGGUGGAGGUGCAGCAGCUGGACAGGUACCCGGUGGACCUGUACUACCUGGUGGACGUCUCGGCCUCCAUGAAGGACAACCUGGAGCGGCUGGACAACGUGGGCCUGGCGCUCUCGCACCAGAUGCGCGAACACUCCGGCGACUUCCGCGUGGGCUUCGGCUCGUUCGUGGACAAGCCGGUGACGCCGUACAUCAGCGUCCACCCGACCAAGAUCAUCAACCCCUGCAGUGAGUUUGACCAACAGUGUCGUCCGGCGCACGGCUUCAUCCACGUGCUGCCCAUCACUGAGAACAUGACGGAGUUCACGCGCGUGGUCCAGCAGCAGACCAUCUCUGGGAACAUGGACACACCCGAGGCCGGCUUCGAUGCCAUGCUGCAGGCCAUUGUCUGCCAGAAGGACAUCGGGUGGCGCGCUGAGGCGAAGCAUCUGCUCCUGGUGAUGACCGACCAGCCUUCGCACCUGGCGCUGGACAGCAAGCUGGCGGGCAUCGUGGUGCCGCACGACGGGCACUGCCACCUGGAGGACAACACCUACACGCAGACCACCAACAUGGAGCACCCGACCAUCGGUCAGCUGGCAGAUGCUCUGCUGCGGAACAGCAUCUACUCCAUACUGGCCGUGGACAUCGCACAAUUUAAGUGGUAUGAGGAUCUGCUUGACCUGCUGCCCGGGGCCUAUCUUGGCAGAUUACUCCCAAAAGCGACGAACCUCAAGGAUCUGGUCGUCGACGCUUACAAGAAGCUGCUGUCGGAGGUGGAGCUGGAGGUGACGGUGGACCACAGGCAUGCCCAUCGCUUCUGGGUGAACGUGACCAACAUCUGCCCCCCCGGCUCCAGACCCUUGGGGAGCACCAAGUGCACCGACGUCAAGUCAAUGCAGAAGGUCUUCUUCAACAUCACGGUGGGGAUGACUAGCUGUCCGAGCGAGGGUCUUGAGGAUGACGACGUCAUGGUGUCAGUGCAGCCCGUGGGCUUCAACGAGUCCGUCGCCGUGACGAUCAAACAAGCCUGCAGCUGUCAGUGUAGCCAGAGGGGCGGUUGCCUGGACGACGCUGAUGACACAAUGGCCGGCACCAUUUGCGAUGAUAUCAGCGAGAACUCGGGGCAGGUGUCGACAGAUGCGUGCCGGCCGUCGGAAGGCUCCGGAAAGAUCUGCAAUGGACGAGGCACCUGUGUGUGCGGGGAGUGUGUGUGUGACCGUAGCAACUUGGGCACCGUCUACGGGAAAUUCUGUGAAAUGGAUGACUUCUCCUGCCCCUACCAGGAAGGCCUGCUGUGUGGAGGCCAUGGACAGUGCACUCUGGGGGAGUGUGUUUGUCAAAUAGGCUGGACAGGUGAGAGCUGCGGGUGCCCGGUUUCCACGGAGACGUGUCGGCCCGGCGAUGGCCUGCUCUGCAGCGGGCGGGGCAGUUGUGUUUGCGGACGCUGCGUGUGUGACGACCCCCAGUAUUCCGGAGAAUUCUGUGAGAAGUGCCCCACCUGUUACACCGCCUGUCAAGCCCACUGGAUGUGCGUAGAUUGCCAUCUGACCAAUGGUCUGGGCCGGGGUACAGCAGAGCAGUGCAACAGGACCUGUGCACCCGUGGUGGGCUACGUCGACGACAUCACAGAGCUGACCAACGCGCUGGGGAAGCACUGCCUGUACCCCAGUACUGACCGCUGCCACUAUCGGUUCCACAUCGGCGUGGAGCCUGGCAGCCCCCAGCUGCAGAUCAGCAGACAGCCAGAGUGCUUAUCGAGCCAGCGGUACUUUGUGACGUUCCUGAGUGUGUUCCUGCUGACGCUGGUGCUGGGCCUGGGCAUCCUGGCCGUGCUGCGGAUCAUGCUGCGGCGCCGGGACACCGGAACCCCGCCGGACAACCAGAACCAGCCACUGGACACCGCCAAGAAGGACCUCUCCUACGCUCCAACAACAAACGAGAAGACCGUCACAUACCGGCGAGACCACAACGUGGAUCGGCCUGUGGAGAUGCACGUGCAGGUGCCCAAGAUGGCCCUUGAUGACAUGUGGCAGUAGCACAGGCUGAG